UAGCGUGAAGCCAAUUGGCAAAGAAUUUCAAUGCCAAACGUCGCUGCCUUAAAGCUAGCACCAAGUCCACCCACUUGUUUGCUGAGUAGCGGUCUGUUGGUGUUGGAUCUGUUGGCGUUGCAACAACAAAUCAAUGCAAAUUUCAUCUUAAACGCGAUUACCAACUACAAGAAAUCACCGUUCGAGCGCAAAACUCUGGAAUUCAUUGACAGAAAGUGGCAAGCACUGCAGACGCUGUGGCGCGAGUUCCGGCGACGGGAUAAGCAAAUAAAUCGUGACUACAGCAAAACCCACCCGCAACAUGGAUACUUUCAACAAGAGCUUUACGCGCUCAUCCAAGAGAAAUAUAUGGCGGCUCGUGGUCGCGUGAGUCGCGACAAGAGAAGUCUGCUCAAGCUGACAGAGGCGCAACAUGCUUAGAAACUCUGAGACAAGAUGACAGCCAUGCUCAACUACUAACUAACGAAUUAAUUUUAAUAAAA